AUCUUGUCCAGCUUUCUUUGACAUCGGCCCCCACCUCGUUCAGCGGCUCGCGCCAUCGGAAUUAGGGCUGCAUUGGACUGCACAGGGCUGCACUAACCUCUGACGUGUACUCACCAGUGUGCUGGCGAACCCAAGACGUGCAUUUUUGUCGCCCCUCAUACCAUACGAGUUUCCUAUGGCGACGGAGUAUCAACUUAGCGUGACCCCCGUCAAGGUCACAGAGCUUCCUCCGGAGGACAAGCUGAUUGCACAAGGACAUGCGAUCAUGGACACUACAGACAAGUGGAAGCAGGGGAAGACGUACCACGAAACCGUGAGGACAUAUUCUCGUAACAAGUUCAAAGGCGAAACGGCGAACUGGCACUGCCGUGUCAGCGAGCACGGGUCCGAGGAUGGCACUUUCGAAGAGUUUUGGAACCUGCUUGCGGGGAAUAAGGGCGAGAAUGAGGUCAACUAUGUGGAGGUGGUCGAGAAAGCCACUCUGGUCAAGCAGCUCUCGCCCACGCAGACAAUCUGGUGUAUGUUUUACAAGUUUCCUUCGCCAGUCAAGCCACGCGUCUUCACCGUGCUGCAAACGAUCGAGCUCAAGGAGACGUCUCCUCGCACGGGACUGGUCAUCUCUAUCCCAUUGGAUCUUACCCCCAUCCCUGAUUUCGCGAAGCUCGAAGAGAAGCGUGUGCAGGGCCGCUACGUCAGCAUCGAGCGCAUCAAGGAUCUUGGUGACGGCAGGCUCGAAUGGCGCAUGGCCACCUCAAGCAAGGCCGGCGGACUCCUUCCCCAGUCUCUGACCGAGAUGUCAAUGCCGAGUAGCAUUGCCCAUGACGUACCAGGUUUUGUCAACUGGCUGCGCACGCUCAGGGAGAAGAACGACGGACAGAUUUUGCAGUCGCCCGCUCUUGCUACGGAGGCCGCUGCGGCGGCUGCAGAUGCGCACGCCGUCGCUGUCGAAGCGUAGCAUGCGCCUCCCAUUGAACCUGGAAGGCCCGGCGCGUCAGCAUUCUUCGUGGGAUGCCCGGAGAAACCCAUAGCUUACUAUUACUAUACGUGACUGGUUUGUGUUAUGAGCUAAACACUUUCUAGACUGUUGUUU